ACUCCAUUUUCUUUUUGCUUUCCCUCUGCAGUACCCAUCUACGUGCCCUUUCUGAUCGUCGGCUCAGUUUUUGUGGCAUUCGUUCUGGUGGGCUCUGUUGUUGCUGUAUGCUGUUGCCGCUGUCUGCGUCCCAAACAGGAGCCUACAUCAGGCGGCGGUUCAGGAGGAGCGUCCAGCAGCGCCCGCGUCCUGGAGACGAUUCCCAUGAUGGCCAGCACUGGCACCUCUCGAGGCUCGUCGUCCCGCCAGUCCAGCACAGCCACUUCCUCCAGCUCUUCAGCUCCUCCUGCCGCUCCCCGUCCCGCUCCAGCUCCUCUGCUGCGAGCCCAGGCAUCCUGUUGCCUUCCGCCAGAUGCCAGUGUGUAUGUAAACAUGCCCACCAACUUCUCAGUACUAAAUUGUCAGCAGGCCACUCAAAUUCUUCCUCAUCAAGGCCAGUUCCUGCAUCCUCAAUACAUCGGUUUCGCCCACCCGGUAGCUCCGGCUGCGGCCUUUUUAGACCCCACUCAAGCAGGCUACCGGCCGUUACAGUCUCCGUUCCCUCCACCAACCAGUGUGGCUAGUGUGGCAAGUAUAACCGGGGAUCACAAACACCCUCCGGUUACCAUGUGAAACCCAAUGGGACCUUUGUAGGAGACAUGUCUGAAUUUAAAUUGCAAGAGGAACACACGAAAGAUCAGUUCAGGGCCCAAGAUGAGUAAUUGUUGGCUUGUGCCACACAAAUGAGACUCAUACUGGUGCUUAAUCUAACAUGUAGUUUUUUGUGUGAUGUAAAGAACACAGUACUUAAAGUUGACCCGCAAUGGAAGAUCUUGGAAAUCGCCUUUGUUUUCGUAAUGUGGCAAACUUCCAAGUGAAAUGGCUUCUCAAACAAGAGGAAAUGUUGGACGGGGCUUGGUUUAGUUCUCUGGGAAUUGAGUGGAUGAUGGUGGCUUGCUAUUGGAUGAUCUUAUGUGAUUGACAGGUUGCCCCACCCCUUGCACAGAUGAGCACAUCAUCAAACAAGAUGACGUUGAAAGACGCAGAGAAGUUAUUUCUAUUAAAAAAAUAUGAAGACAUGAGAAUUUGAAAAAGGUGCAAAGGUUAAUCAUCUACAGUAUAAUAAACAUGCAAAUUUCAAUAACUAUAAGUGUAACGGAGGCCAGCGUGCUAUGCAGGUAAACCUCACUCCUCUGACCUCAAAGGGUGCUCUAGUGACAGACGCUAGGAGCCAUGGUCUUUAGCCUCCUUGUUAGAGCAACCGACUCCCAUAAAAGAAUCACUGGUUUGAUCCCAGCUCAGAACGUUAUGGGUGCAGUAGGACCGAUAGGUUACAUUUGGGGGGUCAUCCGGGAUGGGAGUGAGGUUUAGGUGGGUGAUUGUGACAGAGGCCAGCUAGCAAAGUGCAAUGCAGGUAAACCUCACUCCUCUGACCUCAAAAAGUGCUUUAGCAACAGUCACUAGCAGCUAUGGUCUUUAGCCUCCUUGUUAGAGCAACCAACUCCUAUACAAAGAGUCACUAGCUCGAUCCCAGCUCAGAACGGGAUGGGUGCAGUACGACUGGUGGGUUACAUAAGAAUGCUCAACUCAAAAAAAUGCGUAUUUAAUGCCUUAAAAAGUGCUAAAAGAAGCGUGUACUUGUACAUAUGCAAUGUAUAUACAGUAUGUGUUGUAUAACCGUGCAUGUGUGCUGUAUGCGUGACUGUAUAGAUGUGUUGCUUUAUGAGAUGCUGUACGUGAAUGUGUGUGUGUGGGUAGUGCACUAUAUGUUGUAUGUAAUGGGAAUCGCAGGUGCUGUAAUGUGAAAAACAGUCCUGGCUCCCUGUUGGAUGCUUAAACUCUAAUGAAGUGAACACAGGACACAGACUGUGACGCUCCACCUACUGCAACACACUCACAUUUUCACAUACACACACAUUUACAUUCUACACAACUGAAAGCUGAUUUCACAUUGCCAAGGAUUGUAAAAGAAAAUAUACAAAAAUAUAGGCCCUGUGUUUGGGAAAGCGAUGUGUAAAGGUGUGUGUCACUGAGAUCAGCGGUCUUCUGAAAGCACCAGAGUCAAUUACGCAGUAAAAACCGUCUGCCAAACUGUUCCCCUUCACUAAGUCUCUGCCUUGUGAAAGGACUGUGUUUGUGUGCCACUUUUCCUCCCCUUCUGUUAGCAUAAGGUACACUCGAGGAGUAGCAAAAGGGUUCCAGGGCAUUUCAUUUGGAGUGGGUUUCUUUCAGCACGCUCAAUGGUGACAGUUUAGCGAGGAAAGAAAAGUCCCAGACUCCUUCAGCAAAAGGCCGGCGCCCCUCUGAACUUUUUAAACUUAGAAGCAGGCAGAACAAUCACAAUCAAAUUAGAUGUCGGCAGAUUUAAAAUAAACAGCCUGUAUGAGUUUUGGAAGUUAAAAGGUUGUUUUUGCUGUGAUUUUCUUUUCAUCUGUGGGACACAAAAGAUGUUGUUUUAAAAGUGUCUGGUUUUUUUCUAUACAUUGAAAGUCGGUCUUGUUACUGUUAAUUUCACUGUAAAAAAAAUGCAGGGUUUCACAAAAUGUAUUUAUAUUGUCCCAACACAAAUCAAUUAAGUUAACCUAACAAGUUUAAGUGGAUUAAAUAUACAACAACUAAGUUGACUUAAAAAGAUCUCAAGAAUUGUGUUGUUGCGGAUCCUUUAUACAAGUAGUUUGAACAAGCAUCAAAAUCAUUUUUUGAGUGUAAAACUAUUAAAAGUGUUUGUUAACUAAAAUGAAACAGAAAUUAAAUAUAAAGUUGUGGUCAAAAUCAAAAAUAGAACAGAAAAAUGACAGCUAAAUGAAAAAUGUUUAAAAAAACCUAAAUUAAAAUAGCACAACAAAUAAAUGAACACUAAAUAGAAAUGUACAAAAAAAUUGGAAAUGUAAAAAAAUGUAUAAAAACAAAUUUACAAAAAAAAAAAAUGAUAGAAUUUUUUUUACCUAAGAAAUGAAAGGUAGAGACAGUAAAUUAAUCACAAAUUAUAAGCACAUUCAAGGCAAGUUAAAAAUUAAAAUGUAAUAUAUAAACACUUAAAAAAUAUUCUAAAUUAUUUAUAAAUAUUGAUUCAAAUUAUUAUUAAAUAUUAUAACAGUACAUAAUUACAGUAUGCAUAAUACUAAAAUACCUCAAAUAAAAAAACUAAUAUAUAUAUUAUAUAUAUUAAAUAUAAGUGGAAUAUACAUAUUUUUUAAAAAAUAUGUCUGGUUUAUAUUAAUUUACAUUUUAGUUUUUAUGACACUAUAAAAAUGACUGUUUCUAGCUGAUAUAUAAAUGUUUUUAUCAUGAUCCGUCAAAUGUUUAUUUUAACUUAACUUACAAAAUUACAACUAGAUAGUUUUAGGUUUAGUAACUUAUAGUACGCCUUUAAAAGUCAGAGAUUGCACAGUAGGGCUGGGCGAUUUAUCGAAGAGUAAUUGAAAUCAACAUUCAGAACCUAUAAUUGAUCUAAUUUUUCCAGCUCGAUUUUUUCGUUUACUUUUCCUACCACGUAGGGAGUCACGCGAUUGUUAAUUUUAGGCAAUGUGUGCUUUAAUUUCAAUUCAACAUUGAUGUUCAGUAAAUAAUCAUAGAACUUUCAUUCAAAACUAUCUCACUUGUAAUAUGUGAGCAGUUUUACUGUACAAAACUUGUCAGUGAACUAUGAGGGCAAAAAAAAAAAAAAUAAAAUAAUCAUUCAUUAAUCAAAAUCGAGUUAAAAUGUUCAAUUAGUCGUGAUUUUGAUUUUAGGCCAAAUCGCCCAGCCCUAUUUUAUGGGAAAAAAAAUCUUUGGAAUAUUAGUUUGUGUUCCACAGACAAAGGAAAGUCACACAAGUUUGGAAGGACAUGUCAUAAUAAGCCAGGUUUCUUCAUUAAAAGUAGCAAAAUAUGUCUCAACUGCAUAUGGGUGCACACAUCAGACCUGUUUUUCUGUGUUUGUGAAACUGAAUGAGUAUUUGCUAUCGAAUGUGCCUUUCUCUCUGAGAGCAGGGUCUUUUACAUGAAAUAUAUGAAUAAUAAUAAAUAUUUUGGGAGACUG